AUUGGGGGUGCAGGCAUGUGGGAGGAGCCAGCUGCCAGCCCCAUAUGGUGGCUCAGUGGAGAAGGUGGGGGAGGCGACAGUGCUUUGUGCGAGAGUGCAGCUUUGAGGACAUUGUUGGGGUACAAAGGCUUCAUCAAGGACUGCCCCAGCGGGCAGCUGGAUGCGGCCGGCUUCCAGAAGAUCUACAAGCAGUUCUUCCCAUUUGGAGACCCCACCAAGUUCGCCACAUUCGUUUUCAACGUCUUUGAUGAAAACAAGGACGGGAGGAUUGAGUUCUCUGAGUUCAUCCAGGCGCUGUCGGUGACCUCGAGGGGAACCCUGGACGAGAAGCUGCGGUGGGCCUUCAAGCUCUAUGACUUGGAUAACGAUGGCUACAUCACCAGGAAUGAGAUGCUGGAUAUUGUGGACGCCAUUUACCAGAUGGUGGGGAACACAGUGGAGCUCCCCGAGGAGGAGAACACCCCCGAGAAGAGGGUGGACCGGAUCUUUGCCAUGAUGGACAAGAACGCUGAUGGGAAGCUGACACUGCAGGAGUUCCAGGAGGGGUCCAAGGCAGACCCCUCCAUUGUGCAGGCGCUGUCCCUCUACGAUGGGCUGGUAUAGUCCAGGCCCAGAGCUGGGAUGCCUGGGAACUACUCACCUCCUCCCGUGCCAUGAGGCCACCUCAGCCCCGACACCACCCUCCUGUGUCUACCCAGCCUCUCUCCGCAUCCACACCCAGCCGGGCUGCCCUCCAAACGUGAGGCCCAGCCCUCCUCCCCCCUGCCCUGCACCCACCCGCUGCCUGAAGCCACUGGCUCCAAUUGCCAACAACCUCUGCUGUCUGGACAACAACACCACGAAAAGGAAAAGGCUUCAGCCCUCUGCAAAAACCAAGGACUCCGCUGCUUUGCAGGCAGCCUGGGUCUCUCCUGCUCUCCUGCGUGUGUGCUUUUGUUUUUUAUUUCAAACAGACAUUGAAAAAGAAAAAAAAAACACAAAACUACCUUCUGUUUUAGAAGAUUUGGACAGACAGAUGGGGACAAGGCCUCGGGGACCUCAGAGAACUCUGCCAGAGGUCACGGAAGUCAUGGCCUGAUCGCGGGUGGGCUUGGGUGUCGGGGGGGCUGCCUGAUUACGGUUAAAUGUUGCCCCAUCCUCAGGCAGCAAACCACUUGUGUGGCCGGGGGAUUGAUUAUAAUGAUGAUGAGUUUUGUGAUAACAGUAUUGUGCUUAUUGUGGGGAAAGUGAGGGUUUUUCUUUUAUACAUAUAUAACUGAUACCUUUUAUUUAUUGGUCGUUAACUGUUGCAGCUGCCUCUGUGUCCAAAGCUUCCAGGGAUGUGGGGCCCACUGUUUACAUGUGCAGCCCUCACCCACCUGCCCAUGCGCUUGGGACGAUGGCGGCCGGCAGUGGCCAAGAAGCCAAAAAACUUUUUUUUUCAGUUACUGUGCUUGAUGUUUGGAAAGGGGUAAGGUGGGUUUCUUAACUGGCUAAUGCACUGUUCCUUCCAGCCCAAAUGUCUCCUUCUUAAAUCCCUUUUCUCUGUUUCCUGUCCACACUUCCCUUGUCCUGUGUCCUCCUCUGGGUCCAUAACAUCUCUCCUGAGGACGCAAAGGGGACAUCUUUUGGUUUCUCAGCUCGUGCUUUGGUAGUUGUAGCAGCAUGGAGAACAUAGAGGCUUGUCCUGGGCCUAGGAGCCAGGAAGGAGGUUGGGUACAUAAGGAAAGAGUGGGGAGCUGGCCGAGGGGUGGGGGGUGGGAGGUGGGGAGGCGUCUUUGCAAGCAAGCGAGCAGAAGUCAAGGUCCCUUCUCCCUCCUUGGUGGGUUUUGAAAAUCGACUCUUAGUAUUCUCCCACCUGCUUGCCUGCCUUCCUGUCUGCCUUGUCCAGUAGCCACCAGCCUCCUCCCCUUCCCUGCACUCUCUUAGCCGAAUGCUGGGAGGGAGGGGGAGAGAAAGGUACUGGCCACCUGGUUCAGGUAACGGCCGCUCCUUGGGACCGUGAUCCACACGCGUUUGCAGGAAGCUUUUUGCUCUGCCUGCCCCAUAGAAGGUGGCCCCAGAACUGCCACCAGGAAAGUCAGCCGACCAUGGAACAGAGGCUAGGAGCCCAAGGCUGGCUGUGGCCCUGAGACUGUGGGCCAGCCCCUGCCCUCUCGGGGCCCCAGCUACCCCGUUGGCAGAGCCAGGAUGCCUGGCUGUUUGAUCUGGAAGGCCUCCUCCAUGCUGACACUGUGUAAUCCGGAGUCUGAGUUUCCUGCAUUUUGUGAUUCUGUGGUCUGUGGCUAAGUGUACCAGACCCCAGCAGACACGGGGGAGCGUCUGAAUCACUAUUUUGUCUCUUGGCACAAGUCUUCAGGGACAUGGCAGCCACUGGUCAUGGUGUGUGGGCUCAGAUGACACAUCUGUCCCUUCCUGUAGUACUUCCUGGUCCCUCCUGGACUUUUGAGCUAUCUUUUUUGGCCCGGAACUAGUCCUCAUCCAGAGAAAGCUUCUGGGGUGAGGAGCAGCCUCCCAGGCUGUGUAGGGCCAGGCGUGAGUCUAGAAUUCCUGCUGCUUCUUUGCAAAGCCUAUCACCGUUUGCUUACCCCACCCUAGUGCAGAAAAGCUGGGCCUUGGUUCCCGCUUUGAAUUGUCCUUGGUCUCCACUUUGCACUUUCCCAGGAGGCCAGAGCUUGUCCUGCUAAUUAGCCCUCAGGCAAUAGACCCUCGGCCAGAGGAUGCCCCCAUGAGAGUGGCUCUGCCAGUGUGAGGCUGCGGGUCUAUUCCUGUUGGCUAGAAUGUUCAGCCCACCCCAAAACUUCGCCCUUCUUGCAUUAACAGGCCCUUUGGCUGCACUGCGUCUCCACUGUAAGCCCCCAGAUCCUUUGGGGAUGGGAGCAGGAGUUCCAUUUUCACAGGUGACUUUGAAGGCUGGGCUCUUUGACGCCCCUGCGGUCACCUUCCUGCUUAGGCCACUGGCCAGGGGGUCCAGGACUCACCACCAAAUCCUUCACCUGGUUCUGACCUAGGACCCUAGGGAAGGAGAUGAACUUGGCGAUUGGAGUUUGCGGGGAGGAGAGUGGGGCCCUUCCCAGGUCGGAUUGCCUUUCUGGCCUGAGCCUCGGUUGCAUCUGUGGUCCAGUGGGAAGGACGCGGUUGUGCAGCCUGUCCUGGAGGCAUCACGGGAAAGGGACUGUGGCUGAGCGUCAUCCAGGAAUCAGCAUGUGGAGCCUUUCAGGUGACGCAUCCAUUCCUAGACAACUAGGGAGCAUCAAAGCACCAUCAUUCCGCCUUCUAGGGAGGUGGUUUGGCCUUUUGGUUUGGAGCAAUGGUUGCAGCUUUUGGCCUUAGUAGGUGAUACCAUGGACCCAUGCCUCAGGCACACCUUGGGUCCAUGCCCUGAACAGCUCAGAGCUGCCAGAAAGGCCACCCUUCUUCCUGGCAGCGGGCUGGACGCUGGCCAUUUGUACCCCAGGUUGCCAGGCAGAGACAGCUCUGGCCCCUUCUCUCACCAGGCCUCUGGCUGUGGCGCCAUUGGAACCCAGAGCAGCCUGGGGGUCCCACUUCCCGGCAUCCUUUUCCACCAGAGGCCCAGCUCCGUGAGAUGCUCCUCUCGGGACUCCGGAGCACCUGGAAGCCAGGCUCUUAGCCCCUCUGCCAAUCCUCGCUCCCGGGGCCCGGGAGCAGGGUCCAGCCCCUGGGCAGCUGGCUGUAGCAGCCCUGGCCUCUUCUCACAGCAGUUUCUCCCCACUCUGUGUUGCUGGUACUUAGGAGAAUGUCACGAGUUUGCAGUAUUUAACCAGGCAACGUGUAGAGAGGAACAUCAAUGCAAACGUAUGCAUUCCUCUUCCCCUGAAAUGCUUUUCAGUUUGACAGCCAACUUCCCAGACAAUAGACACACUUGGAUUUUCGGGGACAUCAUUUCUUUUCUCUGUGUGUAUGGGGGGAAGAGAUUGGGGUGUCUGGGUUCCCCCGCGAGAGGCAGCCUCUCCCUGGAGAAAGUCCCAUGCCGGGGGUGGAGGGCUACCGUGUUCCCACCGCAGCUUCAGCUUUUAAGGGAUCCAAGGGAAUGUGGGAGCGCCCCCUGGUGGCACUGAGCAACAAAGGCAUUUGGGGGACCCCCCCCCACCAAGAGGCCAAAGUGGUGAUUCCAGAGGGCGGGAGGCUACAGGUGGGAGCACAGAGGGGCCCUGAUCUCAUCCGGGCCCUGGGCCUCCAGCCCCACGUUAUUGCCAGCGUGUUUUCCAGAUGUUUCUCAUCUAGGUGUCCCCCAGGGAGAGCGAGUUGAUUAGCAUAAGAGCACUGUGAUGAGAAGCAUUGCCCCCCACUUUUUUUUAAUAUUUGCAGAAUAAACCCAAUGGUUGAUUUUUGAAUGAAUAAAAGGCUUUUGUUGAAUAAACAGCUGGUCCCAUCUCUGUCUUGGCAUCUAGGCUCAGGCUCUGCCUACUCCCUAGGACCGGGACAAGUGCAGAAGGCAGCUCCCCAGCCCGCACGCUGUACAUGGUCAUUUCCCCUAUGUUUGCAGUGGCCCAUGGCCCCAGGGAGGGCCACACACUCCUAGUCUGACUCAGAGACCAGCUUUCCUGGGACUCUGGGAAAGUCACUUCUGCUCGAUGGGCGUCAGUUUCUCCAUCCCUCAGGCGGAAGUGAGUCUGCUCAGCCCACCUCACAGGGGCGUCGUGGGGAGCAGACAUGAGCACAAUCAAAGCAUGUCGCAGAGGUGAAAGGCUAGUGCAGGGGUCUGAACUGUCGUGGUGCCCCCACAGGGAGCCUCAACUUUGGAAAGGAAUUUGGGUAACUCUUACCAGAAAAACAAAAACACAAAAAAAGGCAGUGCUUCCUGUCUGUGGUUGUUUUCUUUCUGUUUGCCUCCCCAGCCCCCUCUGAGCCUCUUUUUGGGGUGCUGUCCUGUCUGAACCUGCUGGUGUGUCUCUGGGAAGGGGCAGGCCCUUGCCCCGGUGGUGCGGCAGGCGCAGGGCGAGGCCCUGGGGCGGGCGGGCCACGUCGCAUGCCCAGGCCUCCUCGUGCUCCUCUGUAUGUCGUCCGUGUCACCAAUUAAACACGCUUCCUGACUUGUCCUUGC